CUUCUCUCCUCCUUGAUAUCGACAUCAAAAUUCUUUGCAACGUUCAUGCCGGUAUUGCGAUUUGGAAACUCAAUAUGGGAUCAAAAAGCCCAGAACACCAGCAGACUUCCGAUGCCUCCAACUCCGUCGAGCUCAAGUCAGUCAAUCCCGACCCCAAAAUCUCUCAAAGGGGCUCAGGCUCUGCCGAUUUGGAUCGCGGGGUUGUCGAUGACGACGAUGACGAUGACGCCAACGAGGAACCUGGGAUGAACAGCUCCCUCAAUGUCGAAAAGAAAAAGAAACGCAAAAGGUCCAAGAAGAAGAAGGCCAAAACGGGAACCAUCCCAACGACGGAGCUCAAGCAAUCAAUUCCACCGCGUGUGCUGCUCUCAGCCCUAUUCCCGUCCGAGUAUCCAGCAGGAGAGCUCGCCCCGUACGAAAACACUUCUCGCAUCACCGACGAAGAGUCGCGCUACACUUCUCGUCUCUGGGACGGAGCCUUUCUCUCCGAUUAUCGCCAGGCUGCAGAGAUCCAUCGUCAGGUUCGCCAAUAUGCGCAGGAAGAGCUCAUCAAGCCUGGAAGAAGUCUUCUCUCAAUUUCUGAGGGUAUCGAAGAUAGCGUUCGUGCGCUGGCUGGCCAUCAGGGACUUGAGGUUGGAGAUGGUCUGAAAGCGAGCAUGGGGUUCCCCACCGGGUUGUGCUUGAAUAACGUUGCGGCCCAUUGGACGCCCAAUCCAGGCGGCAAGGACGUUAUUUUGGAGAAGACUGAUGUGUUGAAGGUGGAUUUUGGAGUGCAGGUGAAUGGUCGCAUCGUCGAUUCUGCCUUUACAAUCGCGUUCGAUCACACGUACGACAACCUUCUUGCUUCCGUGCGGGAAGCAACGAACACUGGCAUCAAGCACGCCGGCGUUGACGCAAGAAUGAGUGACAUUGGCGCCGCGAUCCAGGAAGUGAUGGAAAGCUACGAAGUUGAGAUUGCCGGAAAGGUCGUACCUGUGAAAGCGAUCCGAAAUAUUACGGGCCAUGAUAUUCUUCGAUACCAUAUCCAUGGCGGCAAACAGAUUCCCUUCAUCAAGAACAACAAUCGAGACAAGAUGGAGGAGGGAGAAGUGUUCGCCAUCGAGACGUUUGGGAGUACUGGCAGAGGAUUCCUCAGGGAUGAUGUGGGGGUCUACGGCUACGGACGAAAUGAGCAUGUCUCAGGUGCCAACCUGCAUCUCUCAUCCGCAAAAGCUCUCCUCAAAACUAUCGACGAGAAUUUCGGGACCCUAGUCUUCUGCCGUCGUUAUCUCGAACGCCUUGGAGUGAAGAGCUACCAUCUUGCAGUAAGCAUUUCAGAAUACUAUUGCGUAUUGUACAAUAAUUGAGAUGAGAAACUUGCUGGAUAAUGGAAUCGUCGAGUCUUAUGCUCCACUUGUGGACGUGAGGGGCUCAUAUACUGCACAAUUCGAACAUACGAUUCUACUUCACAG